AUGGGAGAUUUCAAUAUAGACUUGCUAAAAUAUGAAAACUGUAAAUACAGCCAGAUACUGCUUCAGUGUAUGCAAAGUUUUUCUAUGCUUCCUACAAUUGAUAAACCAACGCGAGUGUAUGAACUAUGAACUGUAGUUUUAUGAAAAUUACAUGAAUUUCAUGUGAAAAACCCAUGAAGAUCAUUUCAUGGCCCAUGAAUACUGCAAAAUGAAAUUUCAUGGGGUUAUUUUUAGCCCUGAAUUUUCCAUGAAUUAGGGGAAUUUUUUCAUGACCCAUGAAUUUCUUCAGUCUAUUUUUAUGACCCAUUGAUUUGCCAUGAAAGUCACCAGAAUUAAUUUCAUGACCCAUGAAUUUCUUUAUAUGCCUACUUUCAUGACCCAUGAAUUUCUUCAAAGUCUACUUUCAUGACCCAUUAGUUUCCCCAGAAAGUCAUCAGAAUGAAUUUCAUGCCCAUGAAUUGCAAUCAAACAGCAUUUCAUGGGCUAACAAUUUAUUUGUUUUGGGAGAACAAAAUUAAUGGGCCAAGAAUAUUCCCUGAAGUCUGAUGCCCAUGAAUUUCAUCAAUGAAUCCAUAGGCCAUUAAAAGUGGUAUUAAUGAGUUCAUCACAGUCACUGAUUUAUCAACGAGCUGACUUUCAUGAUCCGUGGAACUGACUUGUUAUAAAUUUAUCCACUGAUGGAAUUUUGGUAUACAGUGCAAAAACUGUCGAAUGAAAAUGUCCCUAAACAUCUUAAGUGGCCUUUGUUAACGUAAAAUGUACAGGAAAUCACAAAACAAUGACUAAAAACAAUGGAUCUUCAAUUUGCUCCUUUGUUGAGAAAAAUGGGGCUGGAGGCAAUGACCCAGAUGUUUGAUCCUCACUUUGAUUUUUUGGGGCCUUUUUGCCUUCGCCAUGCCUGGACGACUUUGUUGAUUUUUUUCUGCCUCACUGCUGGCUUUGAUUGUUAGCCAUGACUCUGGAAACCUGUUCAAGGCCUUCUAUUACAUUCUCACGGCUGAGGAAUCUUCUAGGGCUUUUCCAGUAAGGCACCUGCAGAGUACAGAUGCUUAAGUUGCACAGCAAUAGUACGCAUUGCAUCUACACGAAAUGUGGAACAAAACAAUGAAAAAUCAAUCACUUUGUCUCCUCAAUUUGGAACUUUGAAUAGUGUGCAAAUGUAACCUGAAAAAAAUGCUAUUUUUACCUCGUUCAUAGAGUCGCCAGUUAACAGAGUCAGGCCAUCUUCUCAGUCGGGAUGAAACGUUACCUUCAUGUAUUUAUUGAGAUCGCCUUCUACAACAUUGUUGUUGAUUUCGUGAUCGCUUUCACAGGAAUCACUGUCGAUGUCAGCUCUGACUUUCUUGGACUCUGAUGUCCUGUCGAUUGUUACUUGCUUCGAAUUCCAAAUACCGAACAGCUUUUUGUGCUGCUUUAUUUUGUAAGAUUACAGACGCAGAAACGAGACCUCUUCGGAGUCAUUUUGUAACGUCGAACACGAUAACCUGUGAGGUCACUAUGUGACCGCUGACCUAUGAUGGCUGUGAUGACCUAAGGUCACCACGUGAAAGUACACGUGAUUUACAAAGAAGUGGUGGUUUUUUUCGUACCUCGAACGGAAUGGUUCCAUUCCAAUUGCAUUUCUCGUAGUGUUUGUGUAGCAGUCUCUUUUUUUCCCGAUCAACGCAAUGGACCGUCUCAAAAGUUUUUUCAAAGAGGUUUCCUCACGAUGAAGUUAUCGAUAUGCAUUACAACGUGAAGGGGUAAGUUCAAGCUUGGUCAUCUUAUUACGCGUAAACGUCGGAGCGCGCGCGCUUACUAUUGAUUGAACUUGAAAAUUUUUAUUCUGUGAUCAUCUGGUGAAACAUCACAAGAGUUUGUAUGGAAAUACUUACGACCAUUCUUAGGAAUAAAAAAUACAGUCAAAUUCUGAAUAUGAAAUACCUCACCUCACUUCCACAGUGCGUCGCUUAGUAUCUGACGGCUUCAUGUUGAAAAGAACCUGUUUUGGCGAGUUAUCCAUUUCUAGGUUUACUACGUACAUAAGAAAGGCUCUUAGAUAACUGAUGAUGUGCUCCCUUUAUUUUGCAAACAGUGAAGGAUGUUGGUCUACAAAACUGAUGAAAGGAAAAGCAAACUUGCUAAAGCAGCCUAUCUUGGUCCAAAUGAUGAUGAAGAUGCAAAUAGUAAUGAUAACCGAAAGAAGGAUGGCACAUUCAGGUGGCCAGAACAGAGAGACACUGACAUGGUCAGCCAUAGAUAUAUCUUCACACAUGCAAGAGUGCAGAAAGUUGGUAAUUGUUUUGUUGUUAAUUACCUUGUGAGUAUUGAUCACAAGUUUAAAACAUAUCAAGAAAUUUACACGAAUGCUGUUACAUAAAUAGACAUUAUAAUAACUGUCCAUAACAUUUUACACAUGAUAUUAGACGAAGGAAAUGAUAUUUGAAGUUUAGACAAAAAUACAUCAAACCAGUGAGUAUAUUUUCAAUAAUUUCCUCCAAAUAUUUUUCACAUCAAAUUUAUUUAUAAUAUACCUUCAAAAUAGUUUAAAUAAACAGAAAUAUAGGAGCAGAAUCUGUCUCCACAAGGAAAAUCAGUGAUAUCAAAAUAGAGCUAAAAAUCAUUAACACCUUAAUUUUAUGCAGAAAAUUUCAUACCAACUUUUUUUAUUUAAGAAAGUGUUAACUGAAUUAUCACAAUUUUGGAAUCCUAAAGUAAUAUUUAUGAACAGCUGGUGAAACAAAAUAAACUAGCAGAGAAUCCAGACUUCUGGUCAUGUCUUUCAUGUGUGUGUGCUUGUACAACAGGACCAAGAAGUUUCACAGAUAGGUUAGUUCUUCAGUGUAUAAUCUAAGUGAUAGUGUAUGUAUUACAGUUAUGGUAUACUGCAAGCUAUACACUGUAGUACAGUCUUUGGUACAAGAAAAGUGAAGAAUUUUUAAUUCCAAAUUCAUAGGGUUUCCAAAGAAUUUUCAUGGUGCUUGCAUAUUCCUUACAACCCCAUGAAAACUAACUGCCAAUUAACUUUCAUGUGCCAUCAAAAAACCAUGUAGAGGCCAUGAAAAUUCAAGGAAAAUUUUCAUGGUCAAUUAAUUUUUUACAUAUUCUCACCAGGGAUCCCUUCGAACAAUGGUGAAUUUCAGCAUGUUACGUGACUCCAAACCCCUGGGAUUUUAGCAUGAGAAUGGUUAUGCAAUCUUUUACACGUUUUUUGGCUAUAUAAUCUUAUUCCGGUGCGGUCAGUCCUUUAUAACCUCAAAAGUCCUUUCCACGGCGUUUGAGGAGGUUUAGCUAAGUGCGCAAAAACCUCCUGUACGGUAUCAUCGCUGCGCCGUAAUUUGUGUUUUCAGUUUGUCUCUCGUUUCACCAUGGCUCACGUCCCUGUUAUUCCUGCUAGAGCAGACGUCGUUGCAGCCGUAGACCCACCGGUUCCAGCUCCGGUAGUUCCACCAGUUGUAAUACCAGCUCCAGUUGCACCGGUAGAAGCAGCACCGGUAGUUGCAAAAGUCCUUUCUGAGGCGUUUGAGGAGGUUUAGCUAAGUGCGCCCCUCCCUCCUCCCCGCAGCGAUGAUAGCGCCUACGCUCCAGGUAGCUACCUACUCACUUCCGCCUCGGGCUGGCCUUUCCCAUAUCUUAUAACAUCCUUGAGGCUUUGUUUGUGGGUAGCCCUGGUGAGAAUAUAUUACUAUUCACAGGAUAUUCAUGGGUCAUGAUUUGCUGCAACUCAUUAAAAACUAGUGAACUGACACCAUGAAAUUUUGGGCUUGAAAUUCAUGGGUUUCUCAGUACCUUUGAAAAGGCCAUGAAAUGCCAUUUUCAUGGGUAUUUCAUGGCUUCUAGGUCACUUUACUCAAUAUUUCAUGGGUCAUGAAUAUGGAAAUUUUCACAGGUUUUUCAUGGGAUUUUUCAGGUCUUUUUCAUGGUACUGAGACCAUGAAAAUGUCAUUGAUUUAACCAUGAAAAUCCUGCGGAAAAACCAGUGAAUUUACAAUGAAUUAUUUCACAAGAUUUUCAUGGGUUUUGAGUUCAUAGUGAUGGGUCCUCAGCGACUUUAAUUGACAAUAUCUUCACAAAUAAC